AUGAAUUUCACAAUAUUGUUUGGAAAUUUUAUUUUACUCUUGACAUUAUUAAUUAAUGUCGAGUCGAAAGGAGAUGUUAAAAAACUUCAAAUAGGAAUUAAGAAAAGAGUUGAAAAUUGUAAAAUGAAAUCGAGAAAAGGAGAUUUGCUUCACAUGCAUUACACAGGCACAUUAGAAGAUGGAAAAGAAUUCGAUAGCAGCUACCCGAGAGGUGAACCUUUUACAUUUACUUUAGGAUCUGGACAAGUUAUUCGAGGAUGGGAUCAAGGACUCAUGGGAAUGUGCGAAGGAGAAAAGCGAAAAUUGUUGAUUCCUCCCUCAUUGGGAUAUGGAGAAUCUGGUGCUCCUCCUAGAAUCCCUGGAAAUGCUGUACUAACAUUUGAAGUUGAGCUUGUUAAAAUUAGUAGAAAAGAAGAAUUGUAG